AUGCAGGUUGACGAAGUCCCACCCGUCUUACCAGAACCCCCCGAGCCCGAGUUUCGUCCAAGCGGUCUGCCAAACCGUCGACGGCAUGCCCCGGCGCGACUAAACGACGCUGCUCCAGCUCCUCCACCUCGGAUAAGGCGGCGACGGGGAGAGGAUGCACCACCAGCACUAUUCAUGGCGCCAUCCUCCUCCACAGCACCAUCCUCCUCCAUAGCACCACUACCUACCGCAGAACCGGAGCCAAAACCACUCCAAACGUAUAUACAAACGGAACCCAAUGAAUUCGGGCUUUACAAAGUAUAUCCCCGACGUCCAACACACGAUCCUGACGCCCACAUUAACAUUCGUGAUCUUUAUCAAGUCCCGCUGGCGACCCAAGGGGGUGUUGACUCACUAACCCCACAAGAACCUUGGUACUACCCCUUCCCCAACGCUUCAGUUGCGCAUAUGAUGAAGUAUCACAUCGAGGAGGAGAGUGCAGGCUCCAUUGCUGGCUUUGAUCGACUCAUUCACAAUAUACUUCGGCCCAAUCCAGAGGCUGAAUCAGAUGGCGUCAAUCUACACGAUCUGCCCCUUCCUUUUUCCACCAAAAAGUUCCUCGACGACCUGGACAAAAGGGGAAUCGAGCCAUUAGGAGUGAAUGAGAAGUGGCUUCGUGGUUGUGUGUCGCUUAAGCUACCCUGUGCUGGUCGGAAGCAAAAGGAGAUGGACGCCCCAGAAUUCACCCUUACCGACAUCUACUAUCGACCGCUUCUCGACCCGAUCAGGGAGGUGUUACAAGGACCACUCUUCCAGCAAUUCCACACCACUCCCUUCUCACUAAGAUUUGACCCAACCUCUGGUCUCAGUGAGCCAACAACGCCCAAUAUACCAUUAGUCGACAUGAACGCCCCGUUGGACAAAUGUGGCCUUCCCGAUUUGCUUCCUGACCAUGAGGAAGUUUUCGGGGAACUCUACACCUCAGCAGCUAUGCUCGAGGCGUAUCACGCCAUUCCGCAGCCUCCCCCUCCACAAUCCCCAGAAGAUCCAGUGGAGAGUAUCAUCGUCGCCAUUAUGGAGUGGUCUGACGCCACCCAUCUGGCUCAGUUUGGUACAGCUUCGCUGUGGCCAGGCUAUACAUUUUUUGGAAACCACCCAAAAGGAUUUCGAGGCAAGCCAUCAGCGAAUGCAGGCUUCCAUCAAGCAUACUUUCCAACUCUCCCCGACUCUAUUCGCGAUCAAUACCGAGAAAAGUUUGGACAGGAUAUGGCAGACGACGUUUACCGACAUCUUAAACGUGAGUUAAUGCACAGAAUAUGGGAGCUUUUGCUUUCAGAGGAGUUCAUGGACGCAUACGAUAAUGGAAUCAAGAUAAAAUGUUGGGAUGGCAUUGUGCGUCUAAUUUUCCCCCGAUUCUUCAUUUACGGUGCGGACUAUCCAGAAAAGGUCCUUCUUGCUACAAUCAGAAGCUUAGGUGGACAUCCCUGUCCUCGUUGUUUCAUUGCAAAGUCGCAAAUCUCUGAAACUGGAACUGUCAAUGAUAUGAAGCGACGGCAAGUGCUUUGGGUGGAUGAUCACCAUCGGCGUGAAAUUAUCGAAGACGCGCGCAAAGCUAUCUUCGAUAAUGGUUUCGCUGUUGCCGGUUCCUCUAUUGACAACAUGCUCAAACCGAACUCCUGGGUUCCGGUCCGCAACGCCUUCUCAAAACUCAACACCGAGAAAACACCAUUCAACUUCUAUAGUCUGUUUGUUCCCGACCUCCUGCAUGAAGUCGAGUUGGGAGUCGUCAAGGCAAUUACCAUCCACUUGAUCCGUAUGCUCCAAACCUUCAAAAACAUUGACGAAUUUGACGCACGAUUCCGCCAGAUUGAGCCAUUUGGUCGUUCCGGAAUCAGGGCCUUUGGGCAUAAUGUCUCCGAGAUGAAAUAUGCAGCAGCAAGAAAUUUUGAGGACGUUUUACAGUGCAUUCUCCCUGUUCUUGAAGGCUUGUUUCCCAUGCAUCAAAAGCUGGUAGAUCAGCUUUGUUUCGAGCUUGCAGUCUGGCAUGGCUAUGCGAAACUUCAUCUUCUCACAUCGAUUCGACGAUUUUCCCGAGAAACAGCCAACGUGAAGACGUAUGAACUUCCUCGUGAAGAACGUCGACGUCUUAAAAAAGCCUCAAAAGCUCCAUCUACCUCUGCCGCACUACCCACUGAACCACCUGCCUCCGUCCCGAAUCCUCCUUUGCCUCCUCCUUCUUCCGUUCAAACAAAAAAUACAAAGGGGAAGAGCAAGUCGCGCGCACAGCCGCCUCAACCCGUCUCCUCCAAUGCAACUGCGGAUUUGCCCACAGAAUUGCCAGUGCCUUCUGGCUCUUUACCGAAAGCGCCCGCCAAGAAAACCAAGCAGCAAAAGGAGAUGGUCGAAAAGCCCUUCAAUCUCAUAACCUACAAAUUGCAUGCAUUGCCGGACUAUCCAGACGCAAUAGUGCGGUUUGGAACCACAGAUUCAACAUCUACACAAAUUGGCGAGCUUGCACAUCGUCUGGUGAAAUAUCUCUACAGUCGAACCAACAAACGUGAUCACGUCCACCAGAUUGCGAAACACGAACACCGUCGACGACUCAUACGUGCAAUAGGCAGCGCUGCGAUGACGACCAAUACCAACAGCUCAACCGAGAAAGGAAAACAACCUGAUAAUCGUAGGAAGCGGUUAACAUCUGCUUUGCAUCCCCAGAAAACCCAUUGGGGACAGGUCUACGUCCCUCCCGAACAACACCACUAUAUUUCCGACUCAAAGAGAUCAUUUUGGCGUCUCUCGGAUCUAGUCGACACUGAGAUAUCCGACGCUGAUAGUGACUCAGAUUCUGGUGCCGAUGGGCCUCGCCUAGAGCGAAUGGAUAUCGACCGUGCAUCAAGCCUCCUAGCAACUGAAGUGCAGGACUUCGUUCGAAAACUGAAAUCUCAUCUGCGUCAUCGACUAUGCGACUCGAACGCUGACCAAGUCGAAUUUACCCAGCAAGAUUUAAUGAACGUCGUCAUCGAAAAGGAUCUACUAUACACGCAUGCAACCAUGCAUGUUAACUACACGACUUACGAUGUGCGCCGAGAUCAAGAUGUCCUGAAUCCACGUACUCGUCGAUUCUUUCUCGUCCAUGCUCAAGAUCCUGUGGAUUCACACCGAUACUGGUAUGGUGAAAUUUUAGGAAUCUUUCACGCUUAUGUGUUGCUGGCUGAUGUUCCCGGGAAAUCGCAACGCCUUGAAUUUCUUUGGGUUCGUUGGUUUCAACGAGAUAUGACAUACAAAUGUGGCUUCAAAGUCAAACGGUUUCCCCGGCUCCAGUAUAUGCCGCAUCAGAGCCCAGACGCGUUUAAUUUUCUCGAUCCACGAGAUGUUGUCCGGGGCUCUCAUCUUAUCCCUGCUUUUAAUCACGGCCACACCAACGAGUACCUACCACCCAAGUCAUUCGGCAGGCGUAUGGGAGAUAAGGACUGGUUGUUCUAUUAUGUCAACUUGUGA